AUGCCAGGGGCAUUUGAUGCUGUGGCCCAGCUUCCAGCGGUCGUGUCACUGGCAGACGUGCGACGAGCGCUGCAAGCCGAGCUCACCGACUUGGUGGCAGAGCCGAAACUCGCCACCAGCCUUCUUCAGCGCCUUGGCCGGCGAGGCCGUUUGGAAGUUGCGCAGCUCGUGCUGCAGACAUUGCGCUCAGCGGCUGCUGAGACCAACGUCUUUCACUAUGGCGCCGUGCUGGCGGCCUGCUCGAAGACUGGUGCAUGGAAGCUGGCUGUGGCCCUGCUACAGGAGAUGGACGCCCAGAACGUCCAGGGCGGCGCCAUCUGCUGCAACGCUGCCAUCAGCGCGUGCGACAAGGCGGGUGAGUGGCAGAAAGCACUACUGCUCUUAUGGGGUAAAGCCGCCGUCGAUGGUUACAUCAACGAGUUCUGCUGCAACUCCGCCAUCAGCGCCUGCGGGCGGGCAGGUCUCUGGGAGCUGGCGCUCUCCCACCUCGCCGCCGUGUCGGAGCUCUCUCUGGUGCCCACGGACAUGAAUUACAACGCGGCCAUCACGGGCUGCGAGCGAGGCAGUCAGUGGGAGAGAGCAUUGGUGCUGCUGGGUGCGAUGCCCGCAGCGGGUCUCCAGCCCACAGCUUUCAGCUUCAGCUCUGUCAUCGCUGCCUGCGAGGGGGCUAGCCAGUGGCAGGCAUCACUCAGUUUCCUCCAACUGAUGGAUCGCCAGAAGAUGCCCCCCGACACUAUCAGCUGGACGGCGGCUAUGGGUGCCUGCGUCAAGGCGGCUCGGUGGGAGGAUGCUCUGGACUUGCUGGUGCGGAUGUCCCAGCGGCAAAUGGAGGUGGACCGAUACUGCUUCAACGCGGCGGCCAGCGCCUGUGAGAAGGGAGACAGGUGGGACGUUGCACUGUCGGUGCUGGCGAUGAUGAACGUGCGGCGCCUGCCCCCGGAGAUAGUCACCUACAACGCCGCUAUGGCGAGCUGCAAGAGGAAUGGGCUCUGGGAAGUUGCCCUAGGGCUCAUGGAGCAAGCGGAGGCGACUUCGCAGCUUCCGGAUGUCAUCAGCUUCAACUGCCUCAUCGGCACGUGCCACCUCGCCGGGCGGUGGGAUUUGUCUUUGCACUUCCUGUCUGCCAUGCAGCCUUCUGCCCUGACUCCCGACCGGUCCAGCUACACAGAGGCCGCGGGCGCCUGCGAGAAGUCCUCGCAGUGGCAGCAAGCACUGGAGGUCUUGUCAUCGGCGUUGUCUCAGCAGCUCGUGCCUGAUGGAACCUGCGUUGGGGCAGUGGCUGGAGCGCUUCGCAGUGCCAAGGGCGAGGACGCAGCCCUGGGGGUUCUCCAGCAGCUACGGAAGCGCUGGGGCCCACAGAAUGCGGAGCCCAAGAACUUCGGCGGAGGCAUCCCAGUGCUCGCGAAGCGCCCUGGGGUCCUCGUGGUUUCGAAGCGGGAGGGACUGAGCACCGAGGACCUUCUGGAGAAGCUCUUCGGCAGUCGCUGGCCCACCGUGGUGCAAACGGUGUCGAGGUUGGACUAUCCGACUUCUGGAGUUUUGCCCAUCGCUCUGGGCCCCGAGGGCUCGGCGGAGUGCAGUUGGCUUCAGGCGCAAUUCGCCGCGAAGCUCGUGAAGAAGGAGUAUCUCUGCCUCGCCUUGGGACCCUUCUUUGGCGAGGUUGGCGACGAAGGGUACAUCACGAAGCCCCUCCGCACGGUGGGCAUCGGCUCGCUGAGGACGGAGGUGUCCCCUUCCGGACGCUAUGCCCGCACAGGCUACCGGAUUCUGCGGCGCUUCGACGGGCCCGAGAGCUCACUGGAGCCAAAGCUGCUCCUGGCGAUGCCCGAAACGGGCCGCACCCACCAGAUCCGCGUUCAUCUGGCCAGCAUGGACCAGCCGUUGGUUGGUGACCAGACGUAUGGGACCCCAGAUUCCGAGAAUCUGGGCCGAUGCCCGCGGCUGUUCCUGCACUGCCACCGGAUCCAGCUUCGCGACCUCUCCGGCCAAAGUCUGCUGGCAGAGGCCCCGCUGCCUCCGCAGCUGCAGGAGGUCCUGGACGGCCUCGAGCCCACUGCGGACCCAAAACGGAUCGUUGUGUAUGAGAACAGGCAGUGCGAGACCAUGCCCGAAUUUCCAUGGGUGGAUGAGCGUCUCUUCCUCGGCAUCAAGCUGGUGACGCUGAUUUGUGUCCAGCUGAUUGUGAUCAUGCUCUCCGGGAAGGAUUCGCAAAGUCCUGUUGCAGGAAUUCCGACGCCGACCUACCGAAAGGUGAUCACGGCUGCUUGGCAUGCGUGGGACUUCACCCGGGAUUUCAGCAACCGGACCACCGUUGACCGCAUCCAGCGUGAAUGGACUGCUUUGCAGCACCUUUCGUUCUGGGUCGUGCAGGGGACCUUGAUGGCUUACAUCAACGAGGUGCUCCGGAGACAGGAGGAGGUCAGCUGCCGACUGGGAUUCAGACGGUUCUGGAUGUGGUUGCUCGCGGGCUUCAUCAUUCUGCUCCUUCGAGUUUUCCUCGUCCCCUUGGCAAACCUGGAUCCCGUGGCUUCCGUGUGCAUGAGGUUGGCAGCCCAAGUGUGCACGCUGGUCGGCGAGAUCAUGGCAUACCGCGCGCUCACACAGCUUCAGCUGGAGAUAGAGACAAACUUCAAGGCGUUUCGACGUCAGUUUGUCACCACCCUCUGUGUGCUGAUGUACAUCAACCUGACCGAGAUCUCGGAGCAGCUGUUUCUCUUGAUGAGGCAUCUGUGCGGCCACUCCGGUGUAGAGGUGGAGUUCUUUGAUGCAGAGAUCUCUGUGUUCCAGUACUUCAUCAGCGAGACCUUGCCGCUCUUGGUCAUCAUCUUCAAUACUCCGGACUGGAGAGCACGAGACAGACAACCCUAA